GGAUUAUAGACAACUUGCGCAGUUUGACAUGGCGCUCUUUCGCUCCGCCAUUUUGCCGGUGAACAGAAAUAGUGACUCUAACCAAAUUAAAAUCGAGCCGCAUCGCGGCAAUCCGCCAUUAUUUCGUAAACGUAAAACUUAAGCCAGCAACAUGUAUUUAUAUAAUCUCACGUUGCAAGGCUCUACAUCUAUAACUCAUGCUGUGCAUGGAAACUUUUCCGGCACAAAGCAACAAGAAAUUGUGAUAUCGCGUGGAAAAAUCUUGGAGUUAUUACGACCAGAUCCAAACACAGGAAAGGUGCAUACUUUGAUGAAGGUGGAGAUCUUCGGCAUUAUACGAUCAAUGAUGUCAUUCCGUCUCACGGGAGGAACCAAAGAUUAUAUUGUAAUUGGCUCUGACUCUGGGCGUAUAGUUAUUCUGGAAUACAUCCCAGCCAAAAAUAUUUUGGAGAAGGUCCACCAGGAAACAUUUGGAAAAUCAGGAUGCAGAAGAAUUGUCCCUGGUCAAUACUUAGCCAUUGAUCCUAAAGGAAGAGCUGUUAUGAUUGGUGCUAUUGAAAAGCAGAAAUUAGUUUACAUAUUGAACAGAGAUGCUGAAGCCAGACUGACCAUCUCAUCACCUCUGGAGGCGCACAAAUCAAACACUUUGGUUUAUCACAUGGUUGGAGUAGAUGUUGGUUUCGAGAACCCAAUGUUUGCCUGUCUAGAAAUUGACUAUGAAGAGGCAGACUCAGAUCCUACAGGUGAAGCAGCCCAGAAAACACAACAGACAUUAACCUUUUAUGAAUUGGAUUUGGGUUUGAACCAUGUGGUUAGAAAAUACUCUGAGCCUUUAGAGGAACAUGCCAACUUCUUAAUAACAGUACCUGGAGGCAACGAUGGGCCAUCUGGUGUACUCAUUUGCUCUGAAAACUAUCUGACUUACAAAAAUCUUGGAGAUCAGCAUGACAUCAGAUGCCCAAUACCUCGCCGCCGUAAUGAUUUGGAUGAUCCAGAGAGAGGCAUGAUAUUUGUAUGCUCUGCAACACAUAAAACAAAAUCAAUGUUUUUCUUUUUGGCACAAACUGAGCAAGGCGAUAUAUUCAAAAUAACUAUUGAAACAGAUGAAGAUAUGGUGACAGAAAUAAAACUAAAAUAUUUUGAUACAGUACCAGUAGCAACAUCAAUGUGUGUACUCAAAACUGGAUUUCUCUUUGUUGCCUGUGAAUUUGGUAACCACUAUUUAUACCAAAUUGCACAUUUGGGUGAUGAGGAUGAUGAACCAGAAUUUAGUUCAGCUAUGCCUUUAGAGGAAGGAGAUACAUUCUUUUUUGCUCCAAGGCCACUGAGAAAUCUAGUACUGGUUGAUGAACUUGACUCGCUUUCUCCAAUAUUAGCAUGUCAUGUCGCCGAUUUGGCUGGAGAAGAUACCCCUCAAGUAUACUUAGCCUGUGGUCGUGGACCUAGAUCUUCCAUAAGAGCUUUAAGACAUGGAUUGGAAGUAGCAGAGAUGGCCGUCUCUGAGUUACCAGGCUCUCCAAAUGCAGUAUGGACUGUUAGACGGCACAAAGAUGAGGAAUAUGAUUCUUACAUCAUAGUGUCAUUCGUAAAUGCCACACUUGUGCUCUCUAUUGGAGAAACUGUUGAGGAAGUAACAGAUUCUGGCUUUUUGGGGACUACGCCAACACUGAGUUGCCAUGCACUCGGCAAUGAUGCCCUAGUUCAAGUUUACCCUGAUGGUAUUAGGCACAUUCGAGCAGAUAAACGUGUGAAUGAAUGGAAAGCACCAGGAAAGAAAUCUAUUGUGAAAUGUGCUGUGAAUCAAAGACAAGUAGUCAUAGCGUUAACAGGGGGAGAAUUAGUUUAUUUCGAAAUGGACCCUACUGGGCAACUCAAUGAAUAUACAGAGAGAAAGAAGUUAUCUUCGGAUGUAUCGUGUAUGGCAUUGGGGUCAGUAGCCACUGGCGAACAAAGAGCUUGGUUUUUGGCAGUUGGGCUCAGUGACAAUACUGUUCGGAUCAUCUCAUUGGAUCCAUCUGACUGUUUGUCUCCAAGAUCUAUGCAAGCUUUACCAGCUGGAGCAGAGUCCUUGUGUAUAGUUGAGCAACCAUUUGAAUCUGGUGCAAAAUCUGCAUUACAUCUCAACAUUGGUCUGAGUAAUGGAGUCUUGCUAAGAACAACUUUAGACUCUGUUAGUGGAGACUUGGCAGAUACAAGAACCAGAUAUCUUGGAUCCAGACCAGUAAAGUUAUUCAAAGUUCGGGUGCAAGCAACAGAAGCAGUGCUUGCGGUUUCGUCUAGGACAUGGCUUGGUUAUCAUUACCAAAACAGAUUUCAUUUAACUCCACUCUCAUACGAAUGUUUGGAGUAUGCAGCUGGAUUUAGUUCAGAACAAUGUGCUGAAGGUAUAGUCGCGAUCUCUUCAAAUACCUUAAGAAUUUUGGCACUUGAAAAACUUGGCGCCGUUUUCAAUCAAACCUAUGUGCCUCUUGAAUAUACUCCUAGAAAAUUUGUUAUCAAUAGUGACAACAAUCAUAUCAUAAUCCUUGAGACAGAUCAUAACUCUUAUACAGAAGAUAUGAAAAAACAAAGACGAGUACAAAUGGCACAAGAAAUGCGGGAAGCAGCAGCAGGUGGUGGGCCUGAAGAACAACAACUUGCAAAUGAAAUGGCAGAUGCUUUUCUCUCUGACGUUUUACCUGAAAAUGUAUUUUCUUCACCCAAAGCAGGAGCUGGUAUGUGGGCGUCCCAGAUCCGCGUAGUAGACAUGGGUAUAGGCGGCGGUCAGCCCAGCACAUUGUUCAGAUUGCCGCUGGAACAGAACGAGGCGGCGGUGUCCGCGUGCAUAGUGCGCUGGGCGGCGCACGCGGCCCUCCCCACUCAUGCGCAGCCGCAUCUGGUAGUGGGGGUCGCUAAGGAUCUGGUGCUGUCUCCGCGAUCCUGUACUGAAGGCAGCUUGCAUGUCUACAAGAUUUACACCACUGGCAAAUUGGAAUUGGUACACAAAACACCCAUUGAUGAAUAUCCAGGAGCUCUAGCUGCAUUCAACGGGCGACUCGUAGCAGGCGUAGGUCGCAUGCUCAGAUUAUACGACAUUGGCAGAAGGAAAUUACUCCGCAAAUGUGAAAACAGGCACAUUCCAAAUCUGAUUGCCGAUAUUAAAACCAUUGGGCAAAGAAUAUUCGCGGCCGACGUGCAAGAAUCAGUAUUCUGUAUCAAAUACAAAAAGAGAGAGAACCAACUAAUCAUAUUUGCCGACGACACAAAUCCUAGAUGGAUAACAAAUGAAUGUAUAUUGGAUUACGACACAGUCGCUAUGUCGGAUAAGUUUGGCAAUGUCGCUGUAAUGAGAUUACCCCAGUCUGUUUCCGAUGAUGUAGAUGAAGACCCCACAGGAAACAAAGCUCUCUGGGACAGAGGUCUCCUCAAUGGGGCGUCACAAAAGGGAGAAAUAGUAGUGAAUUUCCAUAUAGGUGAAACUAUUACUUCAUUACAAAGAGCUACAUUGAUUCCUGGUGGAUCAGAAGCGCUUCUAUACGCAACUGUUAGUGGGUCCUUAGGAGUAUUGCUGCCGUUCACUUCGAGAGAAGACCAUGAUUUCUUCCAACACUUGGAGAUGCAUAUGCGAAGUGAGAACUCUCCUCUGUGUGGGCGAGACCACUUAUCAUUCAGAAGUUACUACUACCCUGUAAAGAAUGUCAUCGACGGAGACUUAUGUGAGCAGUUCAAUUCCUUGGACCCUGCAAAACAGAAGGCCAUAGCGGGAGACCUUGAACGAACUCCGGCGGAAGUCUCAAAAAAACUGGAGGACAUUAGAACCAGAUAUGCAUUCUAACUUGCUGUGUUUAGUUGUAAUUUAUUUCAUAAGAAUAAAAAUAAG